GGGCUGCACAAAGUCAUCGUCGGUGACUUGGGAGGUGAAGGUGCAGACUUCUCCCAUCCACUUCUCGUGCUCAGUCAGAGUACUGAUGGUACUCGGCGCCAUUCUUUUGAGCUGGGGAUAAAAUUUGGUGGGUUGCAGCGAGGAUCCGACAUAGUUUGGAUCCGCGCCGUAGUUGUCGGAGAAAUUCAUUUUGCCGUCACGCUGGAAAGGACAGUAGACGGGGGAUUUGGCCGCGUUAGUCGGAAGUUGCUGAUAGUUGGCUCCAAGGCGAUAACGGGCUGCAUCAGGGUAGGCAAACAUGCGAGCUUGAAGCACUAGAGCUUGUGUAAGUACAUGCAUCAACAAAUAUGACUUAGGUUAUGCUAACUUGGAUCAGCAGACGGGGCUAUUCCAGGCACCAUUGUCGACGGAGAGAACGCAGCCUGCUCAAUGUCCGUGAAGUAGUUGUUGGGCUGGACCAGAAUCAGUUAACCAGGCAUAAAAGGUACCGCCAUGCAUAUACACGAAACUCACAUUGCGGUUCAAGGUGAGCUUUCCGAGCUCCCGCAGGGGGAAGUCCUUAUGCGGCCAGACCUUGGUCAUAUCAAAGAUGUUCCAGCGGUAAUUCUCUGCCUGCGCGGGCUCCAUUACCUGCGCGAAGACAGUCCAUGUCGGGUACUCUCCUCUCUCAAUGGCAUCGAACAUGUCCUGGAUCAGGAAAUCUGGAUUCUUGCCAGCCAUCGUUUCAGCCUCCUCUCGCGUGAAGUUACGCACCCCCUGAUCUGUCUUUAUGUGGAACUUGACGUAUCUAAAGCCUCCAUCCUGAUACCCCCAAAAGUUAGCACUCGCUAAAAAAAGCGGUAACUAGUAGAAAACAACGGCCCCUACUUACAGCGGUUGUCAACUUGUAAGUAUGCCCGCUGUAUGCAUUCAUAUGGCGUAGAGACGCGGGUGUCCCUCGGUCACUGAACAGAUGGAGGAGCUGGUGGAAUCCCUCUGGGCUGCUAUUGUGGAAGCUGUGGGAGUUGUUAGCAUACCAUGUCACCCACCAACGGGCUUUCCUACGUACUCCCAGAACUAUAGAACUGUCAGCAUUGGGGCCCCUGUCAACCAACAACUCAGAAGGCCAACUUACCAUGUUAGCAUCAGGAAGAUGCGUACGGGGGUUUCUCUUGUGCGAUCUAUUCAGAGACGGGAACUUUAUCGGGUCGCGGAUGAAAAACACAGGCUUUUCUUCACUUAGUACCAGGGACAAAGUAUAUUGACGUCAAGAGACCUUACAGUGUUGUUGAAGACCCAGUCCAGAUUGCCCUCGUCAGUGUACAGCUUCAUUGCCCAGCCGUGUACAUCACGUACAGUGUCGGCUGAGCCCGACUCAGGCCCAACAGUUGACACACGCCAGAGCACAGGGGUCGUCUUGCCAACACUGCUUAAAAAGCUGGCGGACGUGAUGUCCGAGCAGUCUGCGGUCACAGUGAAUUCACCAUAGGCCCUGCUACCGUUAGUAUUCUACGCUCAUGGCUAAUACCCUCCCUGAAGGGCAGGAGGACUAUACCCAGCGGCUUUUGCGUGCACCACCCUAUUGCUCUAGGUUAGUUCCGGCCUCAGCAACAUAACACUGGAGAACGCCAUGAACGUGCCUUUCAGGGAUCCUCUCGCGGGAGAAAUGAGCCAGCGUCUCGAUUAGCUGCGUGUCCUG